UUUUUUUUUCAACUGGCACAGAAUUAGCAUUUUGCAGAUAGGGUUUGUCAAUAUAUAUUAGGGUUGUGUGGCGUCUUUUUUGCCUUUAAACUUCUUCAUUGGUUGAUAUAUAACGCAUACAAAACACCGAAAACACACACAGAUAUACAUAUAUAACUUACGCAUAUAUUCAUGUUUCUUGAACUCAUCUGAAUGCAUUAACCAGCUGCAACCAAAGAGUGUGUGCACACCCCCUUUAAGUCCAAUUUACUUUCUGGUUCUAAAAAGUGGAGUUUACUCGACGAUACUUUGUAUUUUUUUUUUCUUUGUUCACAUCGAUUGAUAUAUAUAGAUGACUCCGAUUUUCUUAAACUCGACGUCUAAUGAUCAUUACAAUGAGCACCAAUUCUUUAGCCCUAGUGAUCAGCACAUUGAGCACCAGUUCUUGAGCCCUAAUUCUCAAGCUUCUUCUUCUUCGAACUCUCUCACUUGCCAUCUUUUCUUCAACCCUAAUGAUCAAGAUGGUGUUUUUGAUAGAGAAUCACAUCCAUCACAACUUGAGGGUGAUAACUUUGGAUCACAAGCAUACGAUAAUCUUCAUGUAGAGAAUCGAGAUGAGGGAGACAAGAACAUUGGUGGGCUUAAAUUUUCGUUAUGGAAGAGGGAAACUUAUGAUCAUAUGAAUGACGAAAAUCAAGUGAAGUGGAUGUCUUCGAAGAUGCGAGUAAUGCUUAAGAUGAAGAAGUCCGAUCCAGUGAAGCUAAACACCUUACUGAAGCUUGAAGAUCAUCAAGACCAUAAAGAAGUACUAGCAUCGUCUCCAUUAAUGGAAGAAAAUGCUAACUCAAACUCUUCCAAUAGUAAUUCGUCAAACAACAAUUUCACUAUCCCAGUUAGGGUUUGCUCUGACUGCAACACCACCAAGACUCCUCUAUGGCGUAGCGGACCUCGAGGUCCUAAGUCACUCUGCAAUGCAUGUGGAAUCCGGCAACGGAAAGCCAGGAAAGCAUUGGCCGCGGCGGCCGCUGCAGCGGCAGAAACUGGAAAAGUUGUUUUUGAUGAUAAACCAACCUCAUUGAAAGCUACAAAAGUUCUGCAUAAAGAUCAUAAGAAACCAAACAACGGUUACAUUACAAAGUACAAGAAACGACAAUACUCGCAGGAAAUAAGCACAAACCCAUCGCCAUCUUCGUCUACUCCAACACGAAAGAACUGUGUUGAAGAAUUCUUAGUAAGCUUAAACAAAAACUUAACAUUUCAUCGAGUGUUUCCACAAGAUGAGAAGGAAGCUGCAAUUCUGUUGAUGGCACUUUCUUGUGGCUACGUUCAUGAAUAGAUUGAGUUUCUUCUUCUUCUUCUUCUUCUUCUUCUUCUUCUUCUUCUUCUUCUUCUUCUUCUUCUUCUUCUUCUUCUUCUUCUUCUUCUUCUUCUUCUUCUUCUUCUUUUUUUAAUUCAUCGGGAGUAAUUUUGUUUAAUUUAUGUUUUUCCAAGUGAGCUAUAGCUAUUCAGAAUCUUAAUAUGUAUUUUUCAAUUAGCUAAAAUAGGGUUAAUCAUAGUUGUGUGAUAAGAUCUUUGAGAGAUUUAAUAAUAAUUCCAACAGAUGGAAUAGUAAAAAAUUAGUGUGUGUAAACCAUCUGUUCUGUAAGAAUAUGAUAAUCAAAUUGCUGAUGGAUCAAGGUAUUUAAUUGUUUUAAUAUAUUUACAUAUUUAGUUACA